AUGUCACACUCGUCAUCAUCUGCAUCGCUUUCGCCUCGUAUGAACGAUCAUCUUCCACAUCCAAUUAUUCCAAGACGAGAACGAACACUUUCACAAUGUGAACGUGCAUUACAAAGUCCAUCUUAUGAAGGUAUAAUAGACGAAUUUUGUCGAGAAAAAGGUCAUGGCUAUAUUCGACCAAAAGAUAAUCCAAGUCAAUUAAUUUUUGUACAUGUUUCUGAUAUUGAUGAUGACUAUGUACCAAAAAAAGGUGAUUUAGUUUCAUUUAAAAAAAUGUUAAUGCCACCCAAGAAUGAAAAAAUUAUGGCUGUACAUAUCAAACUUCUUCAUUUAGCUGAAGGUGUUAAACAUGAAUCAUGGGAGGAAGCUGUUGAACAUGAUAUGGAACAUCGACGACCAUCAAGAGUUGAUUCAGUAACAUUUGCAAAUGAAACAGCUGAAAAUGGCGAUAAAAUACAUCAUGUUGUACCACAUAUAUCACCGGUUACUCACGUAGACUAA